CGCUGAAAUCAAAAUGGCGGAUGAGGCAGUGGAUUUGAAUAUUCCACGAUUUUCAUCGGAGUUGAGGUCUCUGCGAUGUGAACAGAGCCUCUUGAACAAAACAGAUGGAUCAGCAAGCUUUUUUCAAGGUUUUUCUCAAACUCCAGUUUUAUACGACUUUCAGAAAGACAUUGGAUGUUAGCAAUUUAGUGACAUUUUGAUACUUUCUUUUAGUUCAUGAUUUUUUACAUCGUUUCAGGGAAUACCCACGUGAUGGCGGCAGCUUAUGGUCCGGCAGAAGUCAGAUCAAGUAAAGAACUCAUUGACAAGGCUACUCUAGAAGUUGUUUUCAGACCCAAAGUUGGCUUGCCAGGUACAUAAAAACAGGGUGACCAUAUAUACAUCAUUGCUGAGUUUGAAGUCUCAAAUGAAUCUCAACUCAAAAUAUCUUAGAUUCUAUGCUAAUUUUUCUUUCCGAGAGGAUUGUGACCUAUUAUUCGUCGAGGAAAAUUAAAGUGAAAGUAGUCGACAAAGAACCAGAUUUAAAGGGCACAGCGAAGUCAACUUUCUUCGUCAAGCCUUUUGUUCUUUGGGCUCAUCAGUUUCAUAUGUGUAAAUAAAGAUUGAUUGAAUUAUUGAUUAACUUAGCAAGCUUGUUUCCUAUUUUCUUAAUUUCACAGGCUGUGCUGAAAAACUUUUAGAGAGAGUUAUCCGCAACAGUUGUGAGCCAGUUGUGCUUACCUCCAGACAUCCCCGGUCAUCCCUCACAAUUGUUGUUCAGCUUGUUCAGGAUAGUGGAUCAGUAUCCUUAUAUUUCCUUACUUACUUUAGCUCGUUAAAGCCUAUUAGAAGCUUCUUUUAAUCCUAUAUAUUUGAUCAGUAAUCUUCCCCCUCAGGAUUUGUUACCUUUCUCUGCAAAUAGAAAUAUGUUUACUAAUACUUCUGAAUCUUUGAUCAGGGGUAGAGCUAGGAUUUUUCAAAGGGGGGGGGGGUCACACUGUGUCAAACAGAGGGUACUCACCAGUUUUUGCCACCUGAAUAUUGUAGGUUGUUUGCUUAAAAAAGGCUUACAAAGGGGACAGGGUGGGUCAAAGGCACCCAAGACCUCUUCCCCCCCAGUUAUGCUCAUGUUGAUUUUUGGCUGUUUUAAGAAUUUUAUGCCUUAAAUCAACCAUGAUCAUACUUCUUUUACAUGUUCAACAACUACAUUGAUUAGAAAUACUGCUAUGUAUGUUAUUGUUUUCCCUAACUGCCAAAGUUACUGGCAUGUGCAAUCAAUGCUGCUUGCAUGGCAAUGAUUGAUGCUGGUUUUCCAAUGAAAUGUUUAGUUUGUGCUGUAUCAUGUGCAUUAAAUGAGUCUGGUGACAUUCAGCUGGAUCCUUCCCCGGAGAAAGAAAAGGUAAUAGGUAGAAUAUGAUUAAUUUAAUGUUGAGGAUUUUUUGAUGAAAAUGUUGAAAUUGUCUGAUGUAAGAAUGUAAGCCUUUUUUCGAAGUUUUCUCUCUCAAAAGCACAAAUUGUUAAGUGUGAUAAAAGUUUUUGUUCAUACCUCAAUUCAGCAGUUUUGUUGAACCCUUUAAACCCCAGGAGUGAUUGGUAUCUUAUUUCUCCUUACACUAUCACUGCUGAAUCAAUCAUUAAGGCCAUGAGAAUAAGGUACAUGAUCAUCCACCAGAGAAGCUCUUGAUUAUCUAACAAAUUCUCCUUGUCAGCAUCUUAGGAAAUGUAUAGAGAAAAGUAUGGAGAAUAUGCAUACUGAUCUCAGGACGUAAAGGGUUAAAAGUACCAUCAAAGAAUGGACCAUUGAUCUUUGAUUUUUUUUUUCCUCACAGUCAGCUUGUGCAGUGAUGACAUUUGCGUUUGAUAGUGCCAACAAAAAUGUGAUGACCUCAUCAACAACAGGGAGUUUUACAGUACAGGAGGUAAAAGAUUGUUUAACCCAUUAACUCCCUUGAGAGACCAAGACAGAAUUUCUCCUUACAAUAUCAAAUACAAUAUCAACUAAAUAUGUGAUGAGAAUAACGAAAACUAUCAAUUUGAGGAUAAUUAGUCGAUCCAAUGCUAAAUUCUCUGAAUGUAAUUGUAAGAGUUGUAUAGUUGACAGUAAGGAGAAAGACAAAUUUGAUCUGGGAGUUAAAGGGUUAAAGUUUACGUUACUUUUUUGUGGCCAGCUUUGUAUUAUUUUGCUCUAAGAUAAAGAGAAAACAGUGCUCUUGCUGUUUUGUGGCCAAACAGACUGGAAAUGAAUUCUCCAAAUUCUCUUUGUCUAUCAGCACCUUAGGAAAUAUAUAGAGAACAGUAUGGAGAAUAUGCAUACUGAUUUUAGUUUGUAAAGGGUUAUAGGGUACAACCACUCUUUGAUUACUUCCUUUUUAUAGUACGACAGGUGUCUGGAAGCAUGUCGCUCUGCUGCUACUAAGCUAUUUGACUUCUUCAGACUAUCUGUGGAAAGGAAGCUUUCCAAGGUAAACUUUCUUUUGUCUGCUUAAGUUAUUACACUCUUUUUUCUUCACCAGAACAGCUAAUUCUAGAGCUGACUUUGAGCAUAGUUAAAACUUACUGUAAUUUUGAUUGUGUUUGGAGCUUUAUAACUGUCUUAUGAUGUUCUCGAGAUUACAUUCCAACAAGACUUGAAAACCUUUUAUCAAGAUUUCUUACAAGACAUUUAUUGUCCUAAGUGUGAGACAAAAUGUUUAUUUUUAUCUCAGGGAGACUGAACUCAAGGGCCUAGGCGUUUUUGCUGUAUAAAACAAGUAAAAUUUCUAAGGUUUUUGGAUAUUUCCCCUUGAGGGAAACCAUGUAUUCUCCUGUAUAACAAUAAAUAAUCCAUUACUGAAAAAGAUAUAGUUACCAGUACAACUUCAAACUGAAUGAUCCUUUUUGGUACUGAUAUAUCAUUUCUAUCAGAGUUGUUACUUAUCAGUUUUAAUUUUUCUUUUUUAACAGGAUGCUAAGUUCAUGGACAUAAACAUUGCAUAAUUAUAUCUGUGAUAUUUAACUCACACAGUCUGCAGUGCAAAAACUGCACAGGAGUGUGAUUCACAUAUGAAGAAUGGUCCAGGUUGGCUGUUUGUUAAUCAUCAAUGGUCUUUGGUUGAAGAAUCAAACAGCUCACGAAGUUUCGCAGGAUAUUCCUGAGGGUACUUCAUUAAAUGAUCCAUGUACGAAAUAGAUUUGAAUGUCUGUGCAUCUGUUCAGUAAUAGAUCACAGAUUAAUAUUGGCACACAAGGUGUAACAUUUUGAUCUCACCUGUGCUAUAGAACUCAACAGACCCAUGGCAACAUGGAACAUACUUGUUUCACAUAAUAAGAAAUAAAAAAAAAUUGUUUAUGGUGACUUUAUUUAUGUGUCUGUCCUCUAAUAGAUCAUAAGUAAGAAUCAACCAAAUUUUUCAUUAUUCAGCUUAUUUCCCUUGUACUAUUUCUUCAAGUAUGGAGUGUCAUGUACCCCAUAGGGCGUUACUUUCACCCUUUAACUCACAAGAUCUAGUUGUUAAUUCUCCCCUGUGGCUGCUACACAUUUCCUUGUAAAUUAGUUGCAAGAAUUUGGUAUUAGGUCAAGAUAACAACUUCUACCGGACAAGUUUGAGAAUUCUCAUUACCUGUUUGUUGGAUAAUGAAUGGAUAUUAUAGGGAGAAGUUACAUGUUAAUCCCAUGGGAGUUAAAGGGUUAAAAGUAGGCCCUAGUGCACUGUCAGCUCUCUCAAAUGCCCACAUUACAGAUAAAAAAGUCAGUGUUUAUCUCCAACUCAUAAAAUAAAUAUGACACUUAAAAAUGUGCUGGAUAACUUCAUCUUAUAGUACCGUCCAAGUAUUAUGAGCCAGUUACAGGCAUUAACUCUUUAACUCCCAAGAUCGGAUUGUUAAUUCUCCCCACUAGCUGCCACACAUUUCCUUGUAAAUUAGUUACAAGAAUUUGGGGUUGGAUCAAGAUCAUAACGUAAACCUGAUAAGUAUGAGUAUUCUCAUUACCUGUUUGCUGAAUAAUGUACAUGUUGUGGUUCAAUUUUAUCCUUGGUUCAAAUUUUAUUUUUCUUUGUUUCAAACUCAUUAUCAUACAUUACAACACCCAAACACAAAAGAAAACAAAAUUUAAACCAGG